CUGAUCAUUGGGUGUCUACUGUCAUUCAAGUCUUUUUUUAGUGCUUUAUUUUUACCCUGGGACUGCAUUCUUUCACACUGGGCCAAGUGUGAGUGUGAUUCUGCUUUCUGUCUGCAAGUAAGCUUGUGUGCGUAUUCAUCAGUGAAUACUUGAAACCAUGGCCGACACAGACUUCAAACUGGAGCGUGCCGUCUUCGCCGAAAUCUCUGAUGAUGAUGAUGAUGAGGAGGUUGCCUUGGUGCCGGCUUCUACCAAACCUGCCACGACAACCAAAGUGUUCAAAUCAAAACGAGGCGAUGAUGAUGAUGAUGAUGAUGGUGACCCAACGAAGGAGGUGGACCUGGUGUUGGGGCCGGGACUCGAUGGAGGUGGCACUGGUGAGUCCGAGAAGUCUGAGGCCCAGGCUACCGGCAUGUUGGUCCUGGCACUCCUAGACAAAAUCAUAGGUGUGGUGGACCAGAUCCAGCACACUCAGACAGGUCUCGAGGCCAAGCAGGAGACCAUGGAGAAGAACAUGAGCAGCAUCCAGACGGAGCUGGCCAAGCUGGCGAAGAGUCACGUUGGAACGGCCGGGACAGUCAACAAGCUCCUGGACAAGGUGCGAAAGGUGAACAUCAACGUGAAGAGUGUGCGAACGGACCUGGAGAAGCAAGUGGGACAGAUCAAAAAACUAGAGAACAAUGAACACGAGCUCCUCAAGAGGAAGAACUUCAAAGUGCUCAUCUUCCAGGACAAAGUGAAACCCGUGAAAGUCUCUAAGAAGCCAGUGGCUGCAGAAGAGGAAGGAGAGCAGGUGCUGAGUGAAGGAGGCGAGGAAGAACACGGCUCCGAAGAGGAAGUGGAGGUUGAGGAGAUCAUUGAGGAAUCUCGUGCUGACCGCAUCAAGCGCAGCGGCCUCCAGAAGAUGGACGAGCUGAAGAAGGCCUUCAGCAAGGAGCAGAUGGAGAAGACAAGGCAGAAGACCAAGGAGAACCUGGAGAAAACCCGACAGAGAACGAAAGAGAACCUGGAGAAGACGCGUCUGAGAACCCGAGAGAACCUUGAGAAGACCAAGAAGAGCCUGAGCAAGAAGAUGGAUAAGCUGGGAACAAAGAUGACCCCUAACACCCAGCGCCGCAAUAAGAUCCGUAGCUCCAGAGAGAAGAUGAAGAAGACACUGACACCCGACCACACUGUCUACGCCCGCUCCAAAUCCACCACCUACCGUGUGGCACCCUUCACCUUCCACGUCAAGAAGGUCCGUGGAGGUGCGACUGAACCCACACCCGAGCCUGAGGAAGAGGAGGAGGAGGAGGAGGUGGAGCAGGAUGAGGAGCUCCAGGAGGAGCUUGUGGUGCAGGAAGGAGGCCUAGUGUCAAAGGUGGAGGAAGGUGAACUGGUCAAUAUUGACAGCCCAGAAAUGGAGGCCUUGCUAGAGGCAGCUGAUCACUCACGGCUGGUGUUCCAGGAGACGGUGAGGCCAAGGGAGAAGGCCGGCCAGUAAGUCCAGUAUGUUAAGCCCUGGAAAAAGCUCAACACGGGGGAAAAAAAGAGUUUGAGGUCUGGAGAUAAAUAAGGAUGAUGGGAUGUAGGGGACUGAGAUGUGCUUGAUGGAGGAUUAAAGAGCAAAUGAAUGUGGAGUCGCCUCAACCUUUUGCUGAACAUUUGGUUUGCUUUAUUUCUUGGUAUCUCAUCAACCCAAAGGUUGCUUAUUUUUUUAUUAGUACUAUUUUGUUUUCAUUAAUUGUCAGUUUUUCAAAUUGACAAAUGAUCACUUUUUAUUGUGUGGAAAAAUGUAUAAUACUAAAAAAAAAGUUAACAUAAUUUUUAAUUUGAUCACUAAGACUGACUGUAAUGUACAUUUAAAAUCUUCAAAACAAUUGAAUGUUAUAGUAUUUUCUGAAAAGGUGGAUGAAAGGAGGUUUGUGCUCCGGAAGAAUAUUUUCAUAAACACUCUCAUGGCAUUUAGAUGUUAUUAACUUAUUAUGUUUAUAUUGAAGUGCCUAUAUUUAAUGAACACCCUGUGUUCUUUAUCAUGUGAUGUGACGGCUGCUGAUUUCAACAGUAUAAAUUAUUAGCAGGCCCUAUGCGUCUUGUUGAAUAUCUGGGCUUUGUGCUUUAAUGCCGUGAAUGAACUGUUGGAAGCAAUUGGAAGUGAAAACUUUGAGGUGCUAGAAAGCUGUUGUCAGAUGGAAAUAUUGUUUUGAGGGAAAAUGAAUUAUAAGAUAUUAUAAGAAGU